ACUUGGCAUGCAAUGCUUCCAGCCAUACAAAGCCUCUCGCCACGCUGGUUGCACCUCAGACAGCACCAGGACUCCCAGGCAGCAGCACUGGACUCCGUUUCCCUGUGGCGUAGCCCUUCCUGGAGAGAAAAAUGUCCCUGUCACACACGGCUGCUGAGUACAUGCUUUCAGAUGCCCUCCUCCCAGACCCCAGCAGCUCCCGCGCCAAGGGCUUGCGGCUGGAGCUGCCGAGCGACCGCGUGCUGAAGUUCGUUGCAGUGGGGCUGCCCAUCUUCCUCGUCUCGCUGGCCUUCGCCCGGGAGUUCUCUGCUGGCUCACAGAUCAGCUGUUUCUCGCCUUCCAACUUCACGGGGAAGCAAUCAGCCUAUGCUGACACAGCUUGCUGGGACUCACUCCUCCACCAUGGCUUUGAUGCUGAGGGACGUGCUGUCACCAAGUCCCUUUGGGCUCUCAAGGUCUUCCCGUACUCGCUGCUGGUGGUGGCAGUGCUCAUGUACUUGCCCUACCUGCUGUGGCGUUAUGCAGCCUCCCCUGCCCUUCACUCUGACCUCCUCUUCAUCAUCGAUGAGCUGGACAAGUCCUACAACCGCUCCGUGCGCCUGGUGCAGCACAUGAGGAAGGUCCAGCAGGCGAGCGAUGAUCCAGAGCAGUUCUGGGAAGAGUACGAGAGGGCUCGCCAGGAGAGGUACUUCGAGUUCCCAUUGCUGGAGCGCUACCUUGCCUGCAAGCAGCACUCCCACUCCCUGGUCAUCAUCUACCUCCUGAGGAACCUCCUCCUGCUCUUGUUCUUGGCUGCCACUUGCCUCUACCUGGUCUUCCUCCACCUCAACAUAUUCUUUCAGGAUGAGUUCAGCUGCUCUAUCAAAACAGGGCUGCUCCAGGCUGAGCCUCAUGUUCCCCCGCUCAUACCCUGCAAGCUGGUCUUCUUCUCUGUCUUCCAGCUCAUCAGCCUCACAGUUGGUGGUGUGUAUGUCCUCCUUAUGCCUGUUGUCAUCUACAGUGCCCUGCAGCUCUGUCAGUGGGACAAGGGGCUGCUCUCCGUCUAUGAGAUGUUGCCUGCCUUUGACCUUCUUAGUCGCAAGAUGCUUACCUGUCCCAUCAACGACCUUAAUGUCAUCCUCCUCUUCCUCCGGGCCAACAUCUCUGAGCUGUCGUCCUUCAGCCGCCUCAAUGCCGUCAGUGCCUUGCGGGGGGCCACUGCUGAGAAGCAGGACAUCGAUACCGUUGUUGACUUCAUGACACUGCUGGCUGGGCUGGAGGCCACCAAGCCCAAAUACCAGGCUUGUAUGCCCCCGGGCAAUGGCGAGGCUAUAGGUAGGUUCCUUGGUGUUUCUGGGGUAGAGAUGACCUCUUUGCUGUCUUCUCAGCACCUGCAUUGUUGCAUUCCACCUUGGGGGUGAGGCAGAAUCUGUCUGCUCUGGCCCCUAACCUAUUGUCAAGACCUUUAAGCUUUUGGGGCAAGGACUGGGGUGCUGCAGAGGGUCACUUAGGGAGCUGAUGGUUCCCUCUUCCCUUUUUAUGACCAGGGACUGGUUCUGGCAGCCAGGGCCAUGAUGCUACCACGAGCCCAUGCGUGGGCAGGAGUUGCUAUAGGAACAGUUUUGCUGAGAAGACUGCAGAGCUGGAGGCUUAAACCCAAACUCUGGGCUAAUUGGGGGGCUGGGGGGCUGUCCUCAUUUUUGGAGAAGACAACAGCCCAGCCUACUGAUGGGUGGGGGCAAACUAAAUGUUGGGGUGCUGGUGUGAUGUUCUGCUGUUACCGUGACAGUGGGGUGGUGGGCAGGCUCCCAAGACACCAACGCUUCCUCUCUCACAUGCUUGGAUUUUUGGGGAGCUGGGGGCACCUUCUUUGCUGUCUUCUCAAGCUGCUCACUGCAGUUUCUGGGCUCUGCAAGACAGCUCAUCCCUGGCAGGGUGGGAGCCAGAAUGUCUGCACUCCUCUCCUGGCCCUGAACAUGCAGCCUGCGGUCUGUGGUUUUAAAACGAAUAAAUAUGGAAAGAAAGAAAGAUUGAGCUGUAUUUAGCAUCCUUGUUGGCAUGGCAACUGCAGGGCUAGCACAACCAGCUCUGGGGCUAGCUGGCAGAGAAAAGCCCGGGAUGCUGGGUUGAGGUGGUUCAAAGGCCCCCAUAAUAAUGUCUUCUUCCCCCAACCCCAUCCAGAAAUGAAGCCUGGAGUGGAAGCCAAGGACGAAGCUGCCCAUGACUGACCUCCUCUGCUGGGAUCCAGCUCCAGCCUCUUCCGCAGCAGCAGUGCUGGUUGUGUCCAUUAAACUGAUUUUGUUACA